ACUUCACAUCACCAAAUAACAAAUGUUUUCUUUUUCAUGUGCUUCGUUAAAUUAGUAUUUUUUCAUUUAAUGAAUUGAACAAAACUGUCAGUAAUUGAAAAUGAGUUCAAUAAUUAAUAAAGAUAAAGAUGUGGCACAGAUGCAAAUUCGUUUUAUCACAAAACAGGAGAAGUACACUGUGCCAAAUUAUCCUUUAUCCGUUCCAACGACAAUUGUCGGCAGUGAUUUGAAUGCUUUAGUAAAUGAACUUUUGAAAGAGUCGGAUCUAAUAACGCAAGAAAUAGAAUUCGAUUUUCUUAUUUCUUCCGAAUUUUUGCGAACACCUCUUAUUGAACACAUUGGAGAACGAGGCAUUUCUACCGAGCAGGUAGUGGAGAUUGAAUACGUGGAAAGACAUCCUCCACCGGAACCUCAAGAUUGUUUUAUUCACGAUGACUGGGUUUCUGCCGUUGCCGUAUCUCACAAUUGGAUCCUGACCGGAUGUUAUGAUAAUACAGUUCAUAUCUGGACAACAAAGGGGAAACAUAAUCUUGUCAUUCCUGGUCAUACUUCUCCAAUUAAAGCCGUUGCAUGGAUUACUGUCAACGAUAAAAAUGCUUCUUUUGUGAGUGCUUCGCAGGACCAAACGGCCAUAAUUUGGGAUUGGAAUAUAACGAGCAAUUCUGUCGACUGUGUUCAUAUCUGUAAGGGCCAUGAGAGAGGAUUAGAGGCUGUGGGAGUAAAUGAAACUGGGGUUUUAAUGGCAACCGGAUCCUGGGAUACAAUGCUUAAAAUUUGGUCAACAACUGCUGGCGAUGAUGAAGAUGAAAAUGACCAUGAUAAUAAUGAUGAAGAUGGUAAAAUUGCUGCCAAAAGAUCGAAAAGAGACCAUGGAAAAAUAAGGAUUCCAAAGAGAACAAUGAAGGGGCACAAAGAGGCUCUGAGUGGCGUUGUCUGGACAGAUAAACAUGAAAUUGUUACUUCCUCUUGGGAUCACACUUUAAGAAUUUGGGAUUCAGAGCUCGGAGGAAUUAAGCAAGAAAUUCCAGGAAGUAAAAGUUUCUUUGACGUCGAUUACUCUCACCUUUCUCGAGCUCUUAUAACUGCAUCUGCUGAUAGACACAUUCGUUUAUUUGAUCCCAGAUCGAAUGAGGGAUCAAUUGUUAAAGCAACUUUCUCUUCUCACACACAAUGGGUCCAGUCAGUUCGAUGGUCUACGACAGAUGAAUACUUGUUUUUAUCUGGAGCAUACGAUAACAAUGUUAAACUGUGGGAUUCAAGAAGUCCGAAGGCGUCACUGUUUGACCUUUUGGGUCAUGAAGACAAAGUUCUAGCAUGUAAUUGGUCCAAUCCUAAAUUAAUGGUUUCUGGAGGAGCUGACAAUACAGUUAGAAUAUUCAAGACAAAGAGUUCUAAAUGAUGAGGGGAUAAAAAAUUUUUAUAAUAAAUUAAACUUUUAUUGUGUCCAGUAAAUUAUAGCGUCUGAUAUACAAAGGUAAUAAAAACAUUUUUUAAACUGA